GUCCGCCAGAGACUCCCCUCAAUCCCACAAUCCCAGCAGCCAAAGUUUGUAUUUAUUUGAAUGGUGCUGGCUUCGCCCAGUUCGUGAAUGUGCAUUAAAAUCUAGCUGUCAUCCUUUCUGGUGUUUCAUCCACAGAUUAUCACCGUGUUAUAUUGCCGUAGGAAGCUGAAGAAACUGAGCUUAACUGACAAAAAUGCCAUGAAUUCUUGAUUAUGGCCACUGGAAAUCAUGUUGGGAAUGAUGCAGAAUUCCACAGGCUCAUGCAGGCCCAGUCCUUUGAUCUUUUCAAACACCAAAACUGUCUUGGAGAUGGAAAGAACAUGAGGGAGGUGGAUUAUUUAAAUAAGGAAGAAAUAAAUAAAGAAAGAUUUCCAGUGGGACGUUGUGCACACAACUACGGCAAAGCAAAGCGAGUGGUGAGCAAGAAGACACGUCUCUCAGCAGUGGGCUCUGGUGUACGCCGGAGAGCACCCUCAGCAGGCAGGUCCUCUGACAUGGCAAACAAAGAAAAUGAACUGACAUGUGCCGAGGACAUUGAUGGCAUUCACUAUAAGGAAAACUGUGGGUUCCCUGUGAACUUGACAGAAGCCUCUAAAAUGGCAGGAGCUGGCUCCAAGUAUAGUGACUGCUUUACUGAGUUAUCAAAGGAUCAUGAUGCAGUGACUCAUGUGCUGUUUGGAAGGAAUCUCAGAUUAAAUGUUGCUUUAACUCUUUGGCGAAGAAAUGCUAGUGAACUUGUGGCUUACUUGAUCAGAAUACAAGACACUGGGGUCCUUGUUGAUUGUCUACCUGUACUUACAAAAAGCCUUCAAGACGAACAGCAAUGUAUAUCCAUUGGUUGUUGUGUAGACCUUUUUCCACAAGUGAAGACAAUUCUUCUCAGUAAAUUUGAAGCGCACCUCAUUGUGGCUUUACACUGGGUUCAGUCUGUCAUUAAAAAAUGGUGGCCUGAACUAUACUCAGAUGGCAAACGCUUGCAAGAUGGCUGUUCAAGUGACAGAAAUAUUCAAGCUAUGAGAAGGCAGCUGCUUGACUUAUGGGAUGAGGAGAGUCGAUUGGCCUCAGUCCCUGGAACCGUGGGUGAAAUAACCAAGGCUAUUGAAUCAUAUCUGUCACAAUUACGCUGAAGUAACAAUGUAGCACACUGAGGAACCAACCACUACAUGCACUUGCUGCAGUUUUCUGGGCUGCUCCUUGAGGAACUGCAGCCAAAUGAACUGAUGAUUUCUAUUACUCCAGAGGAGGAAGCUGUUGUGAAUGGGAUGAUAGAUGAACUAAACAAUUCAGACACUCCCUACAUCAAAACUGGAGACAUUUCUUAAAAGGUGAAACCCUUCCUGCAAACUUUGAACGACUGCUUCACAUUGAAGUGGACUUUAUUAAUUACUGGCACACUUUCAACUCCAUGAGACUGUAUGGAAUCAGGCAACUCACAGAAGUGCCAAUCGGAGGUUUUAGCUGACACACUGGUAGUGCCACGGUGUGCGUCUACUGAAGUGGAUGUGAUGAUGUAAUGUAUCGUGUCUCUGAGCAUAUGGUGCACCGACUUUGAUUGAAGAAUUCCAAGUCCAGCAGUCUUAAGUUAUUAGGUCUUUCACUCUCUUUUGCCUGUUCAUGAUUGAAAUAUUUGUAUGUGUGCGUGCAUAAGUAAUGGUGAUUUUUCUUUUAAUCAGCUUUUAAAUAAAUUUACAAAAUCUGCCAACAAUGCUUAUUAUUAUUAUAAAACCUUACAUUUUGAGAGAGGGAGUUUUUACAAGCCAAAACCGAACAUUUGCCAAAUUCCUUUCUUUACCUUCUUUAUCCCUGGUUACAUGGCUUUUUGCUUUAAUAACAGCACCAGUUGUGUAAGGUCAGUCUCUAGAGGUCCUGUACAUUUGACCCACUCUUCCUUUAACAGAGUGCUUCAUCAAAGCUUGUUUCCAGCUAGAGAAUAGUAGGUUUUUCAGCAUGAACCCAGAACCAAUGUUAUUGUGGUCAAUAAGCACUGUCAGUGACUGGUUCAGUAUACAUAAUGAAAACAAGGCAGAUUGGCUGACUGAUAAAACCACCAGACCUCAAUCUCAAUUCUCAGACUGAACAUAAGAUGAAAUGGAGAAAGGUAGCUGCAAAUAAACCUUAGCUGAAAUGUGUACCACAUUUUACACUGGUUAAAUGGCUAGGGUCUGAAACCACAUACAAUAUUUUUUUCUGAGGAGAUUGUACAACUAUAUGCUGCAGGUGUAUUCUUGAUGGAAUAGAAGGUGGAUUAUAAUAUAAUUAAAUACCUUGGCUUACACUUUA